UUCCCAAAUGCCAACGGCUAUUGCCCCCAUUUAACCCACGCUCCUACCUACUCAAACAAAAGCUCCAUCUGCGUCCCUUCAUCCUUUAUCCUCUGCGAAAGUGAAAUACACAAUCUGCACAGCAAAAACUUUAGAGUUUUAGCAAGAAAUCAAUGUCAAAUUUAUAUUCACCCAUCUUUCCUGUUCAAGAACCUCGUCAUUUUACUAACUAUGGCUUUGACCCUCAAAUUGAUUAUUUUCAGGUUUUGGAAGAAGCAAGGAAGUACAACAAGAGGGAGAGUUCAAGAUCCAUAGACAAACUUCAUUUCAAGCUUCAAAAGCCCAUUUCCAAGGAUGAUUCCUCCAAGAAGAUCAAAAAGAGCAAGAAGCGGUGGUGGAAAAACGCCCUCCUCUUCUUCAAGAGAGCGGCGCACGGCGGCGGCGCCACCAAGGAUCUUGAUCUUCACGGCGGAGUCCACCGUGGGCGUGCAUGCAUAGGAUCAAUAUCCGGGCCGGUUUACAUCACUGAAAGUAGAAGUAGGUCGUCCACCCCUUACCGGACAUGCAGCCGGCCGUCCUCCAGUCCACUCGCCGGAACUUUGACUCCCACCAGGAAAGAUGAGAUGGGGAUCCCCUACAUUAGCCUCAGGGAAAUUAACAUGGAUCAGCAGAAUAGGAUUUCAUCAAAUGCCACGCCCAUAUAUUUGGUCACUUGAUGGAUUGACCCCUUUUCAAUAUUCUUUAACUAAGGAUUAGUGGUAUUUGGCAUUUUCUUCUCAGUAUUUGGUCACUUGAUAUGUCUUACUUUGUUGGGUUGACUCUUCCAAGUAGUGAAGUCAUUCUUAAUGUGUUAGACCCGUCCAACCAACUUAAGGCCUUCUACAAAGGUCAUUUUCAUUGUGUUAGACCUAUCCAAUUAACUUAAGGUAUUCUUUUAAA